AGGCAGUGCGUGCACCAUGUCAGAAUACAACAAGCUGAAGAGCAUGCUGCUCGACAUGCAACCCAAAGUAAUGAAGACCGGACAGCAGAGCCAGCAGAGGGACAUGGAGGAGAAAAGAGCGCUGGUGGACACAAUGUUUAAAUAUCUCGACGUGAAUCAGGACAGUCGGCUGGUCAGCGAUGAACUGGAAAAGAUCUCUGUCAAGGAGCAUCUGGACGACAAUCUUUUGGAGUGCACCAUGCAAGAUCUGCUUCGUUACGAUGACUAUAACAAUGAUGGACACCUCAGCCUGCAUGAGUUCUACACAGCUUUUCAGGUUGUGCAGCUGAGCCUGGCAGAUGAUCAGCGAAUCAGCGUCUCGACGGUAACAGUGGGCCUCAGUGCCGUCCUCACCUGCUCCAUCCAGGGGACUCUGCGUCCACCAAUCAUUUGGAAGAGAAAUGGCAUCAUAUUAAACUUCUUGGACCUAGAGGACAUUAAUGACUUCGGGGACGACGGCUCGUUGUACAUCACCAAGGUGACGACAAUACACAUGGGCAACUACAGUUGCCAUGCCUACGGCUACGAAGACCUCUAUCAGACACAUGUGCUGCAGGUGAAUGUACCUCCAGUGAUACUGGUCUACCCGGAGACGCAAGCCCAGGAGCCCGGUGUGUCUGCCAGCCUCCACUGCCAUGCCGACGGCAUCCCAAAUCCCAAACUCAUCUGGCUGAAGAACGGCAUGGAUCUGCAGCUCAGUUCCACCACCCAGCUUUCUCUCAUAGCUAAUGGUAGCGAGCUGUUUAUAGCUAGUGUUCGCUACGAGGACACUGGAGCCUACACCUGCAUCGCUAAGAACGAGGUUGGAGUGGACGAGGACAUCUCCUCUCUAUUUGUUGAAGACUCAGCCAAGAAGACCCUCGCAAAUAUUCUUUGGAGAGAAGAAGGGUUGAGUGUGGGAAACAUGUUCUAUGCCUUUUCUGACGAGGGCAUCACCGUUCUCCAGCCCAGUGAAUGUGAAAUACGCAGACACAUGAAGAGGACAGAGAGGAUUGUUGCAACCUAUGAGGAGAUGUGCCCUAAAGGCGAGGGGAUUUCACCUCAGCACUGCGUGUGGUCUUCUGCAGUCAACGUCAGAGAUAAGUACAUCUACGUGACGCAGCCUCUACAGAGCCGACUCCUGGUCAUCGAUAUUCAAGCCCAAAAGGUGGUUCAGGCAGUUGCAACAGAUCCUUUUCCAGUGAAGAUGCUCUAUGACAAGUCACAUGACCAGGUGUGGAUAUUAACGUGGGGAGAUAUGGACAAAACACACCCAACACUUCAGUGCGGGAUGCUGCAGUGA